AUGUCCCAACAAUUGCAGUCGAUACGCAGCAACAAGCUCGCCCUCCAGCGACAAUGGGCCGUCAUCAGCGCGCAGCCGGAUGGGCCUACCAAGGCAGCGGCACAGCAGCACCUGGCCACGCAGAUGAAGCGUCUGCAGCACAUGGAGCAGCAGGCCAUGGCGAACAUGGGCGCUGCGGUCGCGCAAGGGCAGCAGCCUGGCCAGACUCCACCUGCUGGCGGCGCCAUCAACCCCUUUGCGAUCCAGCAGCAGCAGCAGCAGCAGCAGCAACAGCAGCAGCAAGGCCAACUCAACGGAGCCGUGGCUCAGCAGCAGCAGCAGCAGCAUCAACCACAGCAGCCACCACAGCAACCGCCGUCACAGCAACAACCGCAGGGCUUCCCGAUGCCCGACGGGUCCAUGCAGCAUCAGCCACAGCAGCAGUCGUUUCCUUUCCAACAGCAGCCUGCCCAGGCGGGCGUCCAGAGCGGCGCCGGUCAGCCCGACGCGGACCCGCAGGCCUCCGGUGCCUCGAUGGCCAAGCGCGACUUCAUCGGGACUGUCCGCAACUUCAUGCAACAGCGAGGCACGCCCUGGGCCCCCAAUCUCUCUCUCACCUUUGUCGGGCCAGCGUCGUCCAACGUGCCCGGCGACACCCGGACCGUCGAGAUGCAGGCGCUCUUUGCGGCCGUGGUUCAGGCGGGCGGAUCGCAGCGUGCAAGCCAGAUGCCCGGCUUCUGGGCCGUCAUCGCCAGUCGAAUGGGCCUGAGGGUGGCGCCGCCCGAUGGUUCCCAGUCGGGUCCAGACGCGAUUCCAACACCAUCGGAGGUCCCGGAUCGCUUAGCCGCCUUCUACCGAGAUCGCCUCAGUCCGUUCGAGCAGUUCUGGCUCUCACGCAUGCCUCAAAGGCAGCCAAGCGGGCAGGCUGCCGGAAACAACGCUGUCACGGCAGGAUCUCCCGCGCCCGGGAACGACGGCGCCGUCGAUCCUCAGCUCCAGCAGCAAGCACCACACUCUCACCAACAGCAACAGCAGCAGCAUGCGAUGCCCUCGCAGUCCCAACAGUCACAAGGACCGCAAAGUGCGGAACCUGGCUUCAAUCCUGGCGGCAAUAACGCCAACGCGUCAGCGCCUUCGCCAUCGCAGCUUCAGGGCAACACAGCACCAUCGCCUGCCGCUCAGCAGACUCCCGGCAGGGCCCCUCCGCCCAAUGCGGCGGCGAUGCAGGCCGGCCUGCAACAGCAAAUGGCCCAGCUGCAGCAGCUUGUCGCCAGCGGCCGGAUCACGCCGCAGCAGGCGAGGGAGCGGUUCCUUGCCAUGCAGCAGGCGAUGCGUGCUGCCAUGAUGAAGCAACAGCAGCAUCAGCAGCAGCAGCAGCAGCAGCAGCAGCAGCAGCAGCAGCAGCAGGCGCAGCCACAACAACAGUCGCAGCUCUCGCAGCAGCCUCAACAGAUGGCACAGCAGCAGCAGCAGCCCCAGCCGCCGCAGCCCUCUCAGUCCUUGCCUCAAGGCUUGGGCGGCCCAACGAUGCCGCCGCAAUCGCAGCAACCGCAGGGCGUUGCACAGACGGGCAUGCCUGGGCCCUACGGCAUGACGAUGCCCGGCCAGAGCGCCGGGAUGCCGGGCUUCCCGGGGCAACCUGGGCCGCCGAUGCCACCACAAGGGAUGCCCGGCGCGGUACAGUUGCCGGCAAUGUUUCCAGGUCAGCAGGGGUCCACCGGCCCGAUGGCGCCGCCGCCAGCACCCAUGGCACCGGGCGUUGGCGCGCCGGGCUCGAUAGACAUGACUACGGCCAUGCCAAAGGUCAAUGGAGCCGAUCCGAAUGCGCCGCCGCAGUGGCCUGCCCAACCUACCCCGACCAAGGCCAACGGCGUCACGCCGGCGCCACCGCAAGCCGCACAGACGCCCGCACCAAAGGAACCGAAGCGGGAAAAGAAGAAGCGGAAGAAAAACGAGCCUGAGACGCCGACGGCCGGUCCAAGCACACCAAAGCCUAUGUCGCGAUCCGAGUCGCAGGGCCAGGUGCCCAUGGACGGGACCGCCGAGAUGCAGGCCCAGCAGCAGGCUGCCAUGCAGCAGAGGCAACAGAUGCAAGGCCACCACCCGUCGCCGGGCAAGCAGCUAUCCGAAGGCGUGACACCAGCCCCCGCCGUGCCAGCACCCUCGCCGGGCAAGUUCAAGAUCGAAUACCUGCCGCUCCGGAGAGAGGUGCACACCUACGGCGGAUGGGACCUGAACCUCGUCGAGAGCCAACUCGCGCCUGCGGCAGUCACGCGUGGGCGGCCACGUAGCAUCCGGGAGCUGGGCACCGUCGACGUUCACGCCAUGACCAUGUCGCUGCGGUCCCGCAUCGAGAUCGAGGUGGCAUACGCGCUCAACGCCCUGCUGAUUCUCUCGACCGGGCUAGGGGCGCCACCGUCAUUUGUCUUUCCACUGGAGCCAUGCGAGGAUCUCUUGGACGAGCUGCUGGACCUCCUCGAGGACUGUACAUUCGGCAAGAACAAGGGCGGCACGGCAAGACCUACCGCGUCGCAAGGGUCUGCCAUGGAGCCGUCCUCUGUGCAGAAGGGCGCGCAGAGGAGGUCGCUGCCCACCUAUCGGGACUGGCUUCGAGCUGCGACCGAGGAAGAGGCGGAGCUUAAAGUCUGGGCCCGACGCAAAGGCGGGCGCUCUCGAUCGACGGCCGGCAGCGUCAGCGAGAUCGACUCGAGCGACGCACGAUCGACCAUCACGGAUCUGUCCAUCGACUCGGCCACCACGACGAUCCAGACCUCGGGGGUCGAGGCCGAGCACGAGCGGCACGCCGAACAGAGCGCCGCCCGCGCCCUCACCAUCCUGACAAUCUUCAAGAACUUCUCGAGCAUGCCGCCCAACAUUGCCUACUUCAACGCUAGCCCGGGCUUCCUCGAUCUGCUCGCCAGGAUCUGUCAAAGCGACGUCCACCGAGCGCUGCCGGUCUCUGCCACGCGGAGCAAGGACAACGCCAGGCCUGCCAAGCGGAAGAGCGACGCGCUCGACGGGGAUCACGCAGAGAGCGAAGGCGAAGGCGAUGUCGGCGCAACGGGGACCGUCUUCACCACUGCCGAGGCCUUCCGCGUGCGCAAGGAGGUGCUCGCGAUCGUCUCGAACCUCGCCGGCGAUUCGCUCUCGCUGCGCAACCGCUCGAGGCAGACGAUCCGGUCCCUCUUCGACCUCAUGACGUCGUUCAUCUCCGAGGCCGCGGUGGUCGAGGAUCUCGACCACGACGGCGACCUGGCGGACCUCCGAGCAGUCUACCCGCCCGGGACGCCGCUGCAGAACCUGCCGCCCGUGAUUGGCGAGUCGGUCGAGAGCGAGGACCUGCUGCGGCUGGCCGAGGAGCUGGUGCACAUGCUGCCGGUCUCGGAGAGCGACUACCAGAUGCUCAAGACCGAGCCGCGGCUUGGGUACACGGAGCGCGUGGCCAUGUGCCUGUACGACCUGGCCUUCCUCGCGCCGCCCGAGGUCAAGCUGUCGAUCCGAAGGAUCCCCGGCCUGUCCGGCAUCGUCUUCCGGCUGGUCAAGCGGCUGGCCAAGGCGAUGCCCGACUUCCGCAGCAACCCCUUCAGCGUCCUCUGCCGUCGGCUCGUCGAGGCGCUGCGGCUCAUCAGUGAUGGGCAGGACAUGUUUGGUGCGCCGCCGCUGCUCGGUCUCGGCUUCGCGUCGGGCCCGGCAGGAGGAUCUCUGCAGUCGGGCUCAGGGUUUGGAUCAAAGGGACAGGUCGGGCUGUUGCUUGACGACGAGGAGGGCGUCGUCGACAUGCUGGCCACCAACGAGCUGGACCCCGUCGUCAUCUCGGAACUGCACGCGCUCUUGGCCCUCGGAUAG